AUGAAACGAGUGCUCGUUAUGUCGACUCGCGGCAUCGGGAACAGAGGCAGACACUUGAUGCUUGAUCUCCGUACAAUAAUGCCUCACUCAAAGAAAGAACAGAAACUGGACACGAAAGAUCGGCUGGAUACAGCGAACGAGGUCGCUGAACUACACUCGUGCGAGGGCUGCCUCCUCUUCGAGGCACGGAAGCGAAAAGACCUCUAUCUUUGGGCGGCGAGGACCCCACGGGGCCCCACAGUACGCUUCGAAGUGCAGAAUGUGCAUACCAUGGGCGAGUUGAGCCUCGUAGGGAAUGCGUUGCGGGGGUCGCGUCCGAUCCUCGUUUUUGAUCAAAGCUUUAACGAGAACGCUGCAAUCCAUGUGCAGCUCAUCAAAGCGUUGUUAUCGCAGAUAUUCAGCGUUCCGUGCGGUCACAAGAAAUCACAACCAUUCGUCGAUCGAGUUUUAGCGUUUAUGCAUACGCCAGACGGGCGCCUUUGGGUGCGUCAUUAUCAGAUCCAGCUGGAGGCGCUACGUCAGCAGAGCAAACGAAUGCCCGCAGUACGCGCGCUUUCACAGCUUGUCUCGGGGGAACAGGCAUUCGAUACAAACACCACACAUUUAUCUGCAGAGGAUAUGCAGGCGUUGGCGGAAACCUUGGUCGAAAUCGGGCCGCGGUUCGUGCUGCUGCCGAUCCGAAUAUUCGCGGGUAGUUUCGGCGGAAGAACACUGUGGGAGAAUCCGGACUACAUUUCUCCUAAUAUGCUGCGGCGAGCGGCAAGGAUACGUGGUACCGUUGCUGUGCGAGCCAAGCGCCAUACCAAACGGGCACGUCGGGAAGCCCAACUCGAGAAGGCGCUCGCAAACCUGCCUGUUGACGAACUCGCAGAUGUUUUCGAGAGCGGUGAAAUCGAGCCCUCUUGA